AUGGUAUCUUCGCGUCGCUUAGACAUGGUUGCCGGGAGACAGGAUAGAGAAUUUUCUGUCCCUCAGAGCUCGACCUCGGACCAAGAACAAUCCCGCGUCCAGCCAUUCUUGCACCCAAGCGGCUUUCAUGGUAUCGAGGGUUUACAACCUGGGAGAGAAUAUAUAGCAGGCAGAACGUCGCCUGGAGAGUCACUGACUGAAAAUUCAUCAUCUAGCACAUUGCCUGUAGGCACGUUGCCCUGGAAUCCCUUCAAUCAAGACCCCGAUCUGACCGUACUACCUGCCUCUUCGCCAACUUUCCAGAGUCUGCAAGAACAUACUCCAAAAAUUUGCUGCGGAGAAAGUAGUCGCACAUGUAAUAGUAGAUGCGAGAAUAAGCUCACUCGUAGGGAAAGGAGGAAGCUGCAGAGAAGACAAAAUAAACUUUUAGCCAGGAAAAACGGCGGUAAAAAUGGGCGUCACAUGAAUUGGUUCUGCACAUAUUAUAGGAGAAGUACAUGUUCUCGGGAAGGAAAACGGAGGGGUGAAUAGCAGUGAGCUAUUGAGUGAAAAGCUGAAAUUGUGCAGGAAUUCGAUGAGAGAUUGAGUCGAUGGGAUGUCUAUCAUGAGGCUUCAUCUUUGUCCCUCUUGACGAUCUGCGCUUCAUAGAAAACAACCUGAUGAGAAAAAGCUGUCGCGGAUUUGAUACGUAGUGGUAAUAACACAUACUUUGCAUUCAUUUUCUAUAUUCUCAGGGCUCUUCUGCACAUACACAAGUUAUACAGAAUCUUAACCUUUAUUCUCAGAUGUAUCUAGUCUAGGAUAGAAUCAAACAAUACAGA